GUAUUAAUCACAUGUGACAACCCCACAAAAAAGAGAAUAUGGGAACUAGCAAAAUGUAUAUGGCCCAAAAAAUACAGGCAAUGGCCAACCCCCACACUAGGACUUGUCCUGGGAUGCGGCGCAAUCACCUUCCCACAUACCCCAAACAAAAAAAAUAAAGAUGACACAAAAAAAGCCACACUAAAAAGAGGGGCAGCUUGGCUACUCCACAUCCUAAUCUCGGAAUUGGUGUACCUUAUCUGGACCAUGAGAUGUAAAAGAGUGAUCAAG